CGCCGGCAAGCCGGGGGUUAUUUCUGUGCGCGGGAGCGCGUCCCGAGGCUUCUCUUGGGGUUAAGCGGCUUCUCCCCAGGAGGAGGGAGAGUGGAGAAUGGGCGUCUGGGUGUGGGACGCCUGCCCUGAGCUCCAGAGAGUUGCUUCCCACGGAGACCAGCGGAAGAGUGGGCGAACAUGAAGUCCAAUCCUGCCAUCCAAGCCACCAUCGACCUCACAGCGGGCGCCAUAGGGGGCACAGCAUGUGUCCUGACUGGGCAGCCUUUCGACACAGUGAAAGUGAAGAUGCAGACGUUCCCCGGCCUGUACAAGAGCUUCACCGACUGCUGCCUGAAGACGUACUCCCAAGUGGGUUUCCGCGGCUUCUACAAGGGGACUGGCCCAGCGCUGAUUGCCUACGUCGCCGAGAACUCUGUCCUCUUCAUGUGCUAUGGCUUCUGCCAACAGCUUGUGAAGAAAGUAGUUGGAUUGGACAAACAGGAGAAGCUGAGUGAACUGCAGACCGCAACUGCGGGGUCCUUCGCCUCCGUGUUUGCUGCGCUGGCCCUGUGCCCCGAGCUUGUGAAGUGCCGGCUACAGACCAUGUACGAAAUGGAAAUGUCAGGGAAAAUAACAAAAAGCCAGAACACAGUCUGGUCCGUCGUGAAGAGUAUCCUUAGAAAGGAUGGCUUCUUGGGCUUCUACCAAGGACUUUCGAGCACUCUACUUCAAGAAGUACCGGGCUAUUUCUUCUUCUUUGGUGGCUGUGAACUGAGUCGAUCAUUUUUUGCCUCAGGGAGAUCAAAAGACGAACUAGGCCCUGUCCCUUUGAUGCUAAGUGGUGGAAUUGCUGGAAUUUGCCUUUGGCUUGUCAUAUACCCAGUGGAUUGUAUCAAAUCCAGAAUUCAGGUUCUUUCCAUGUCUGGAAAACAGGCUGGAUUUAUGGGAACUCUUGUAAGUAUUGUGGAAAAUGAAGGAAUAGCAGCCUUAUAUUCUGGAAUGAAAGCUAUUAUGAUUCGAGCAUUCCCUGCCAAUGGAUCACUAUUUUUAGCUUAUGAAUAUAGCAGGAGGAUGAUGAUGAGCCAGUUUGAAGCAUAUUGAAGUGUCUUGGUGAACUGGAUCUAAGUAAAUGCCUUAGAGGACUAUAGUUUAUCUCUGGUUUCAUGGAGUACUGGACCAAUGUGGAAUUAUUUUUUACUUCAUGGGAAUUUUGUUUUUGUCUUCCCUUCUUCUACCCUAAACUUUAUGGAAGAUCUUCUAUUUUACAUCAUAUAAUUUCUACCCAUAAUUGUAUUAAAAUAGAAGAUGACUGCUCUUGUGUUUGGUGGGAUAUACAGAGUGAGCUGGUGGUCUGUGAACCUGUUCUGAAUGCUAAAUCUAGUUAUAUCACGGCUGUUGCAUAAACCUGUACAUGUACAUGCAGUUUAGUUGGUUAUCUGUUGUGAGUAAAACAGUUUGGUCCCAUGUUUAAUGUCAUAUCAGCAGAAAGAGGUAACCAUGUUUCAUGAAGAUGAUCAUAAAUGAUAGCUUAACCCAUUCUGCUUAACAUGUUCUCUAUA